ACGGAGGAGACUCACCACCGCGCCGUCGCCGUGGAGGAGAGGCGGCACCGCGCCGCCAUUAAACCGGGCCAUCGCGGAGGAACUGUAUCAGGUUUUCAUAUUCUCCGAUUCUUGAUGCAUUUUGAGAGGACAAUGGUAGUAAAAAGAAGAGCUGAAGUAGAAUCUGAAUUCGAUGCAAUAAAGUAUAUACCAAUAAUUAAGAUGAAGACUCCUAUGUUGGUGGAAGCAAGCAAAGUAUACACUCCGAUUAUUUUUGAGGCUUUCCAAGGUGAGUAUGAAAGAUCAACGGCUGCAUGUUGUAGAGCAUUGGAUGGAAAUAACAGAUUUGCUGUCGCUAUUGCGAGGUUGCAUGGAGAAUUACAGUUUGAGGAGGAGCGCAUGGUGAUAGGUGAUCCUUUGACCAAAACGGUUUCAUGUAGUUGCGGGAUGUUCAAUAGGACAGGAAUCUUGUGUGCCCAUGGUCUAAAAGUGCUUGAUUUGAUGAACAUAAAGACAUUGCCGGCACAUUAUGUCUUGAAAAGGUGGACUAGAGAAGCUCGCAAUGGAAGUAUACAAGAUAGAGAAGGAAACACCGUGCUAGAAAAUCCAAAAAUGGAAGCUGAACUUCGAUACAAGGAUUUGUCUCAUAAAUUUCACAAAAUAGCACAACAGGCAGCCAUCUCUCCACAAUGUUGUUUUCUAUUGGAUAAUGCACUUGAUUCUGUUGCUCCGCAUAUACAUGAUUUACUCAAUGCAUCCACUAGUGCCAUGAAUGAACUAUGUAAAGACAAAGAGAAUGUUGACCCAAAUGUGCAGCAAGUAGAUGAGAUGCUUAGAUCUGCAUGGCUGAAGAAAAAAGAGGUUCCGUCAAAGAACUUAAGGAGAAAGAAAACUUGGUUGGACAAGUUACUCAAGGGGAAGCACAGAGUAACUAAAGGACCAACAAAACAGGGAGAGAAGCCACAAAAGAAGAAGGAUGGUGUGCAAAAAAAGAAAAAAGAUGGUGUGCAGCCUCAAGUAGGAGUGGAGAAGUAUGACAACAACAAAGAAGUAAAUUUGGUGCUUCAAGAGUGCAAUAAUAUUACAAGCUUCACCCAACUCUUGACGGCUAACCUUGAUAAUCUGUUCUAGCAUGAAACUUGUUACAUAUUAUUUUGUACAUGGUGCUGAUGAUGAAUAUUAUCUGAUCUAGCAUGGAACUUAUUAGAUAGUAUUUUGGACAUAGUUAACUAUAGUAGUAUGGGGUUAACUAUAUUUUGUGACCUAAGUGUACAAGUGAA